AUGGGCUCAAUAAUCGGACACGAAAUAAUUCAUGGAUUUGAUGAUCAAGGAAGCCAGUUUGACCUAAAUGGUAAUCUUCAUCAUUGGUGGGACAAUGUUACAAAAGAGCGAUUUGAUAAACAUAUGGAAUGUUUUAUCAAACAAUACAGUGCGAUUGAAGUCCCUGGAAUUAAGCAUAAUAUUAAUGGCAUCUUAACUCAAGGAGAAAAUGCUGCUGAUAAUGCAGGCUUUCGUGGCGCUUACAGGGCAUAUCGAAAGUAUAUAUCACGCUUAGGCCAUGAAGAAAAACGAUUGCCUGGCCUCGAACAAUAUUCUGCUGACCAAAUGUUCUUUAUCAGCUACGCCAGAAAUUGGUGCGGUCAUAGUAAGCCUGAAGCGCUUAUCCAUCAAGUUUUAACAGAUCCUCAUGUUCCUUCUGCGUAUCGCGUUAAUGUAGUUCUCAGCAACCAACCGAACUUUGCUGAGCUUUUUAAAUGCCCACUGGGUUCGCCGAUGAAUCCCCAUAAACAAUGCAAAUUAUGGUGA